AUGACUGAAGCCCCACAACCGGAACCGGGACCGGAAUCCUUUAAAAAUAAUUCUACCGAAAUAGUGCGGAACCGGAACCUGUAUUUCAUAUUUAGGCAAUUGGUACACAAAAACCUACACCAAUUGUCACAUCCAGGAGCGAAGGCCACCUACAGGCCCAUAGCGAAAAAGUUCGUAUGGGCUAAUAGCGAAAAAGGAAAGCCAGAAUACACAGAAAUCGAGGCAGAAGACGCGACGCCUAAACGCUUUAAACUGACGGGGGCUAACGACAUCGAGGACUUGGAAAUCGAUGCAGUAGUCGAUACUGUGAUGGAUUUGAAAGCAAAAAUUGUCGAGUAUUUCUACGAAGAAGAUGCGGCCGUUAAAGAGAGGCGUAGAAAACCGCUUUUCGAGGAGAUUCUCCCCUUCUACAUGAAACGCAUGGAGGCUGCCGCGAAGAAAAACAAGAGCCACCUUGCAGCUGGCAAGCUCACGUGGGCCGAUGUGCAUUUUGUUGGAAUUGUGGAUUACUUAAGCUUUAUGAUUGGAAGGGAUCUGCUGGCGGAUUGCCCCAGUCUUCAGGUCCUGCAGAAAACUGUUUUGAAGCUUCCUGGAAUUAAGGAAUGGGUGGUUAAGCGUCCCGUUACGGAUUAUUAAUUAUAUACUGUUGGAAAAUAACGCUACCGUUAAAAUCAGAUCUCCAUCCCGCAAAUUCCCGAACAGCAGACACCUUUUGCAGGGGUGAAAUUAUGCCGACAAUAGUAUGUUAUAUUAUAAGGAGUUAAAGUGAUACUUUUAA